AUGAAGCUCACUCGCCAGGAAAUCAACCGACAUAACAAUCAGGAAUCGUGUUGGGUCGCGAUCCAUGGGGCUGUCUACGAUGUUACAGAAUUUUUGGACUCCCACCCAGGGGGUGCGACCGUGAUUUUGAGAUGUGCAGGUAAAGACGCGACUGAAGAUUUCGACUCUGUUCACUCGCUGGAGUUGUUGAGCGAAGCACUUCCUGAAACUGCGCUACAAGGUUAUGUCGAUCCCGCCGAAUUGGAAAAGCGAGCAGAUGAACCGAACAUGAUGGAUGAGAAGCAGCCAAAGCUGGACGAUGGCAGUCCGCCGCCAUUGCAAAGUCUGAUCAAUCUACAUGAUUUUGAAAAGGUUGCUCAUCAAAGGCUGCGUGCCACGACAUGGGCAUAUUACUCGUCUGGCGCUGAUGAUGAGAUCAGCAAACGAAAUAAUGCUCUGGCAUAUCAAAAGAUUUCCCUCCGUCCACGUAUCCUACGAAAGGUUCUUGCUGUAGAUACAACCACUACAAUCUUAGAACACUCCACCACGCUCCCGAUAUAUGUCUCUCCAGUUGGUCUUGCAAAACUCGCUCAUCCAAACGGCGAGUGUGCACUAGCAGCUGCAGCUGGUAAGGAAGGACUAGUCCAAGUUCUCGCAAACGGAUCCAGCAUGCCCAUUGAACAAGUGGUGAAGAGUCGUACCUCUCCAAAUCAGCCUAUUUUCCAACAGCUAUACGUGAGCAAAGACAUUCAGAAAUCUAUUGAGACUAUACGGCGAGCUGAAAGAGCUGGUGCUAGUGCUAUUUGGAUUACGGUCGACUCGCCUGUGGUGGGGAAACGCGAAAUGGACGAACGGCUCAACUUGACGGUCACGGCUACCCAUCAUACUGGGGAAGGAAAGGGUGUAGCGAAGAUCAUGGCUAGCUCAAUAUCUCCAUUUAUCGACUGGGAGAUUCUGACAUGGCUUCGCCAACUAACAGAUCUUCCUAUUGUCGUCAAGGGAAUCCAAUGUGUGGAGGACGCUGUGCUUGCUUAUCAACAUGGUGCGCAAGGCAUUGUACUCUCAAAUCACGGGGGACGCUCACAAGACACGGCACAAUCACCACUUCUGACUCUGUUGGAGAUUCGAAAGUUCGCGCCUCACUUGAUUGAGAGCAAUAUGCAGAUCUUUAUUGAUGGUGGUAUUCGCCGAGGAACCGACGUACUCAAAGCUAUUGCGCUCGGGGCGACAGCUGUUGGAUUGGGCAGACCCUUUUUGUUCAGCUUGUCCGGAUAUGGGGAGAAUGGAGUACGACGAAUGAUUGAGAUCCUACGACAGGAGAUCGAAACAAACAUGGUCUUUCUAGGAGUUAGCAGUCUCGAAGAGUUGAGACCCGAAAUGGUGAAUACUAGUCGAUUGGAGAAGCACUUGAUAGGCAGCGUGAAACUAUAA